AUUCAGUUAGUCGGUGCAGCGACAUCUCUGUAUUCUGCAACUUGUUUUGCUCUCGGUAAAUAUGGAAAUGGCAAUCCGUACCCUAUCAAUUUAAGCACAAUCAUAGGCUUAAGCGGCUGGCUUCCUUGUGCAAAGACAUUGGGUGGCAAACUAGAAGAGGAACAGAUCAAGAACCGAGCUGCAUCGUUGCCCAUUAUAGUCUGUCAUGGAAAAGCUGAUGAUGUGGUACCGUUCAAGUUUGGGGAGAAAUCUUCACAGGCCUUGCUUUCAAAUGGGUUUAAGAAGGUCACCUUUAAACCUUACAGUGCACUUGGUCACUACACAAUCCCGCAGGAGAUGGAUGAGUUGUGUACGUGGUUGACAUCCACCCUCGGCCUCGAAGGUUGAUGCUUUUCGAUGAUGUAGCUUUCUGAUGAAAACCCUUGAACUCUUGAGAGUCUGAUUGAUUUGAAUGUUCACAAUGUUUCAUUGGAAUAUUUGUGUAAGACAAAUUCGUCUAGUAGUAAAUCUUCUCCUUUGGCACGUC